AUGAAGGACUGUCUGAUGGCGAAGGUAACGCCCUACGUAACAGACUGCGUCGUGGCGGAAUUGGAGAAGCUCGGGCCAAAGUAUAGAAUUGCCCUCAGAAUCGCCCAACAGUUGGAGCGAUUGCCUUGUCAACAUAAAGGGACUUACGCCGAUGACUGCCUAGUUAAUCGCGUCACUGCGCACAAGUGUUAUAUCGCGGCCACGUGUGAUCGAGAUCUGAAACGAAGAAUAAGAAAGAUUCCAGGCGUCCCAAUCAUGUACAUUGCCGAUCAUAAAUUUGCUGUCGAACGAAUGCCCGACGUUUUUGGCAAUCCAAAGCGCAUGGGAAAUAUGUGA